UCCAACGUGUUACACUACGACAUUCUCCGGGGAGAGUUAUCGUUCCCUGCUCUCACAUUUUCAGGAAAUACUUCAGCUGACAGGCGGUGGCUAUGACAGAAGUCUGAUGACCUUCAAAGUCUACAUGGACAUGUGUGAAGAUAAAGGCUGGUGGAACGUUAAGUGUCAUGCAUGCAAGCAACUUUCAGUGGUCUUUCUUUCUGGUCAUGCAAGCAGAAACAAACCCCGUGAUCUCGUGCUGCCGGUGUCUGUUGGGGACUCCUUCAGCCAAGAAACUCUCCACAAGUACCUACACACUAUCAAGUUGGAGGGCUACCAGAGCGACUCGGUGAUCCUGGCCCUGUCGGCUGACGACGGAUCCACCGUGUACUUCAAAGUUACAGAGGGGCUUGUUCUUCCCGAGCCACCAGAAAUGACGGAUUGGAAGAAGUACAGACGGGAAGAGCGACUUAAUCUUCAGAGACAGCAUGUGACCUUACAGCGCCAACAGUAUACUGAGUACCAGCAAAAGCAGCAGCAGCAACACAAACAGCAACAGGCCCCUGAACACAGCCUCCACACAGAUGUUCCUUGAACUUUUUUAUUUUAUUGUAUGUUUGUGAUAUUAAGGUUUUAUUAAACUACAUCAUUUUUUUCAAA